CUCAGCGGGUUGGGGUUUAGGAAUGGAGGUUACAAAUAAAAUUAGAAGAUUAGUUAAGUUGUGACCAGCCAACCUGCCAAGUCUUCAAUCUAUGUAUGUGUGGACCUGGUUGUAACCGCUAAAUCGUUUUUGGUUAUCCGUGCCGUUAUGUCUUCAAACAAAGGUCCAUCUUCUUUUUCAGGUGUUUGUUGCACAUGUGCAAUUUGUCGGACUUGCUUGAGCAAGAUUUGUCAUUCCUGUUGUCCCUAUCUAGCUAGCAAAGACCCGUAUGCUGGUGUGGAGUAUUCACCUAUUGAAGGACCCCCUCUGACACAUCAAUCGUUGUCUGCAGCUCGGAAAUCAAUAUCUAUGCCUACUCACUACUUUCCCCACAUGAGUGGAAGAAUCACUGGCCCGAGUGUUGAAGAAGAUGUUGAAGACUAUUUAUCAAACUCGGUAGUCACAGAGGAACCAAAAUCACUUCCUACACUGAAGCACCACUCUAGGUCCUUAACGUACUCCACUUCUUACAGUAGAUCAAAGUCACCGGAAGAAGAUCUCUCGUCUCCUUACGAUAGCCAGGAUGACUUAGGGGUGGAAUUAGGCUUUGUCGAGUAUGAACACGUUGAGAGACGUAUUGGUCGAGAUAUUCACAUUUGUAAAACUCCUGAAGUAUAUGUGGAAAAAAAUUGCCCCGAGUAUGAUUCUGGCUCGGAAGAUUAUCAAAUGUUGAUCCGUUCACAGAGUAUUCCAAGCUGUGAGCAGCCCAUAGGGAUGAGAUCUUUUCAGAUAGACCCUAUCACUGACCCUCACAAGCCUUCCAUGCAAUUCUCCGUUUAUUUUGAUGAAAAGCACAAUCUUCUUAUCGCACACUUACUUAAAGCGUUCAAUCUGCCAACCAAGAGACCUGGUUCUACAAGCAAUCCAUUUGCUGAGGUUUACUUGCUACCAAAUAAAUCUGAAGUUUUUGAAACACGUGUGCUACGGGAGACUCUGAAUCCUGCUUUUGAUCAAGCAUUUAAAUUUUGUAAUGUGAGCAUUGAUGAUAUUAAGGAACAAUUGUUAGUCGUUAAAAUAUAUCUCCACGGUAAGCAUCACUUUAUAGGUGGCAUGCUGUUUUCUCUUGGGAAUGCUAAUUUGUAUGGGGCCUCCAACACAACUGAACUGACAGUGUAUGACGAAGAAGAAGGCUUGCAGGACAAGUGCAAAGGGAACAUACUGCUCUCAAUGACGUAUCACCCGGAUGCAGGGACUCUGGAUAUUCUUGUGCUAGAAGCAAGCAAUCUCAAAAAGCAGGACUUCAUUGGCCUUCCUAACCCAUAUAUGAAGGUGAACACAAUAUUUGAAGGCACUAGAAUAUCUAAGUGGAAAACUGGUGCACAGAGAAAUACCUUAAACCCUGUCUUCAACGAGUUGUGUGUUCUGGACAUAGGAUCAAUGAGCGUCAACGAAUUACAAAUGGAAAUAUUGGUGAUGGACUAUGAUCGUUUCGGACGUAACAGUGAAUUGGGUAGUGUUGCAUUUGGCUGUGAUGUAGCUACUCGAAAUGGGAAAACUUACUGGAAUGAAGUGAUCAGCAAUCCAAACAUCAGUCAUCUGCGCUGGCACGCCAUCACUACCUCUGAACCCCUAACCAGUCGACUGCUAAGAUCCCCUGCUCGUUCCCGCAAAAAAUCACCUGUUUUUUGUGUUAGUACAGUUAGCAAAUAAGUAAAAACUUUGAUAUGACUUUUGUAGUAAAAUUGUAUCAUUGUCUGUUCAAUGACAAUGUGUAUCAUUGCAUUGUGCAUGUGAACCAUAGAUGGUGAAACAG